UUUUUUUUUUUUUGUAUACUACGAAAUUAUUGGACUUUUGGUUUUAAAGAUAAUUAUACAAGAUUUUGUUAAACGGUUUUUAAGCAACGACAACAACAACAACAAGAGCAGUAACGACAAUAUGGUUUAUACGAAUCGUACGGAAAAAUGCAACUCGUCUACCGAAGAAACGGUAACCACGAAGAGUGAAAAACACUUUAAAGAUCAGAAGAAUGGAAACUACAGCGACAGCAACAAGAGCAGCCAAUCGACGAGUGCUAUUGGGGCGAAUAAUGCUUGGUCUAAGAAUGCCGCUGAAAGCGAUAAAUGGAAGUUUAAUAACAUGAUCAAGAAUAACCGGGACGCAUUUAAUAGCUUGCAUUUUAAUUAGUUUUGAAAGGCGGUUUGCCUAAAACAUACUUUAAACAUCCCACCUUACAUUAUACAGAUAACCUUUGCAAAGUGUACGAACGUGAGUUGUUUCUUAGCGAAAAAUUGCUUGGAGAAAACAAAUCAUGUUAACUACAUUAUGCAACGUGUGCCUGUAUCAAGCGGACCCUCUCAAUCACUCUCAUCAUCGAUUUAAUUUCCACCUAAAAAUUAUUUUCUGUUCUAAUGUUCCCAUCAAUAUUUAGGAAUAAAAAAAAACAAUUGUCAUAAAGAA